UUAUUUGAUUCAAGCAAAUAUUUAAUUGACAAUAGUCAAUUAAUCGGUUAUUUGAAUCAAAUAAAUUUUUUGUUUCAGUGUACAUUUCGAGCGAUUUCGAGCAAAAACAAUCAUUGGAACAAUCAUUAAAUUAAUCAUUAAAUUCAUAAAGCUGCAACUGAAUCAUAUUGCCAAAAGAAAUUAGUUCAAUAUUUUUAGAAGCUAUAUAAAAUUAUAUAAAUAAAAGAUAUUUUGAUUCUUCUGUUUGUCCUAAUGGCUUUAAGCCAUUAGGCCAAACAGAAGAAUCAAAACAUCUUUUAUUUAUAAAAGUAAUUAGUAUCCAAUUCUCCUAAUAAUUCCCAAAAAUGAAAUUUCGUCCCCAAAACUGCGUCAAUCGCGCCUACUCCCCCCUAUUAGCUGUUAGACAAUUAAUUUUUUUGAUGUACACCUAUAUAGUGGAUUUUUGAUCAGAAGGAGGUGCGGAAUAAUGACGGGAAACGAUUAUUGGGGUAGCGGGCGUGCCUGAGACCUUAUUUCAAUAUGCAGAACGAGACUACACUCUAUAUAGAACAAGUGAGAGCGCACAGGGUGAAUCUUUGGAAAAGCGUUUGGCACCAUCGCGACUGCUUUCUCUCUCUCUCACUCACUCACUCACUCACUCUCGGAAUAUUGUUCCCGCGGAAUUUCGUUGGAUGCACGAACAAUGAGCAUGCAAAUGAUCGGUCGAAGAUCGAUAUGGUUCGGGUGCGAUCAGAAUUUUCCGCGGGCUCUCGUUCCGCGCGCCACGCUAGACAAAAGAGGAGAGAACCUGGCGCCGUUGGGUUGACAAUGGAAGGAUGGCAUUACGUAUGCAGGCAUUGGUCUCGCUCUUUUCGAAUUCGUUGCAUUUCUGCCGCCUUUCCGCCCCACCAACUCGUUUUCUCCGGAACCGUUAUCCUAGAGGUCCAUUCGGCAAAUUGCAAUCUCCAAUUGUUCCAUACACUACAACUCGACCCCCCCCUUUUUUCUCAUACAGUAGACUUCUUCUUCCAUCUCUGUACAUUGUGCAAAAUAUUUUUCUUUUUUUCUCAUUCGGAGUUGUAUACUUUGUUCACUUUGUUCACUUUGUUCACUUUGUUCACUUUGUUGGCAAUAUUGAGAAGAAAAGAUUUUUUGAUUGUACAAUUAUUUUUUUUGACUGAUUGGUAAAUUAACACUUGGCAUCUUCUUGCUUCCUUCUGAGGAAGUGCUCUAUUUGUGGCGAUUUGGCAUUUUGGGGAAAAAUUGGUACGAAAGAAGAUGAUGUUGAUUAUAAUGUGGUGACCAAGAAAUACAGUGAUGAAGAAAAUGGCGAUGACGGUGAUAAUAAAAAAAAUACAGUUGUGAAAAAUUUUACCAUUCUUGUAGUACAAACGAAAAGAAUAAUGAUGCUGCUUGCAAAAAAUGUUAAAUGGUAGAAUAUAAUUUCCUUGGUGAAAAAGAAAAUGAUGUUGCUUUUGGAAAUGGUAAUAAUGAUAAUGCUGAUGCUAAUGAUUAUCCUGCUGAAGAUGUUACCAAAAAUUAUAAAACAGGAAUGUAUCAUUCUUCUGUUGAAAAAGAAAUAAAUGUUGGUGCUUUUGAUAAUGAUAGUAAUGCUGCUGAAGAUGGUACAAAAAAUUAAAAAUCAGAUCAACAUUUUUCUAAUGAAGAGGGAAAAAAAUAUGUUGCUUUUGAUAGUGAUAAUGAUAAUGCUGAAGAUGGUACAAAAAAUGAAAAAUUAGAAUAUCAUUCUUCUGAUGAAGACGGAAAAAAUAAUGUUGCUAUUGAUGAUGAUGAAGAUGGAAAUAAUGCUGCUGCUAUUGAAGAUGUUACAAAAAAUUCUUCCGGUUAGGGAAAAAAAUAUUGUUGCUUUUAAUAAUGAUAUUGAUGCUGCUACUGAAGAUGUUACAAAAAAUUCUUCAAUUCUUCCGGUUGAGAAACAAAAUAUUGUUGCUUUUGAUAAUGAUAUUUAUGCUGCUGCUGAAGAUGGUACAAAAAAUUAAAAAUUUGGUUAUCAUUCUUCCAAUGAAGGGGAAAAAAAUAAUCUUCAUGUUGAUGAUCAUAAAAUGCUGCUGCUACUGAAGAUGUUACAAAAAAUUAUAAAAUGGGAGAACACAAUUCUUCUGGUUGAGAAAAAAAAUAAUGUUGCUUUUGAUGUUGAUAUUGAUGCUGCUGCUGCUGAAGAUGGUACAAAAAAUUAAAAAUUUGGUUAUCAUCUUCCAAUGAAGGGGAAAAAAAUAAUGUUGUUGUUGAUGAUGAUAAAGAUUAUGAUGAAGAUGAUACUAAUGCUGCUUCUUAAUAAUUCUUCAGGUUGAGAAAAAAAUUACUGUAGCUUUUGAUGUUAAUAUUAAUGCUGCUGAAGAUGUUACAAAAAAUUAAAAAUUAGGUUAUCAUUUUUUCAAUAAAGAGAAAAAAACGUUGCUGUUGAUGAUGAUAAAGAUUAUGAUGAAGGUAAUAAUAAUGCUGCUUUUUAAUAAUUCUUUCGGUGGAGAAAAAAAAUAUUGUUGCUUUUGAUGAUGAUGAUGAUAAGGUGUUAGUAAAAUAUUUUUUAUUAAAAAUAAAUAUUAUUUUGCUGAUGCUAAUAAUUAAAAAAAUGCCGAAUAAGAAAAAUACGUUUCUGAAUAUAGAGAAUAAAAAUAUUAACGAUAUAAAUUUUAAUAAUAAAAAUUAUGAAUUAUUAAGAAAAUGUUCAAUGAAUAGAAAAAAUACAAACGAUACAAAAAGAUAAAUGAUAAAAAAUACAUUAUUGCCAAAAAAACAUUAGUGAUCGAUUAUCAUUAAUGAUAAUUCAACCAGCAGUGGAAAGAAAGAUAUUUUUAUAAUUAUCAGAUAAUAAAAAAAAAAAUGCAGUAAAGUCGAAAAAAAUUCUCCGAAUUCUUUAAAAAAAAUGAUCGUUUUCUUUACAUUGACAAAUUUGACCUCUCGCGACCAUAAACGAAAAAGAUUACUAAAUAUAUGUUUCCUUUGAUUAAAUAAAUGUUUAUCAGCAAAUGUAAUAAAGUAACAAAAAGAAGGAAAUUUACAUUCAAAACCAGUUGACAUGAACCUGUUGGAACGCUGUUAGAGAAAAUAAAAUUUAAUUACAACAUUUGGUUCAUUGACGUUCGGCAAACAAGUGUAUUUUUAAUAGAUUCUCAUUACUUGAACGAAAAAUUAUCACAGAGAAAUUACUAUAAAAAUUAAAUUAAAUAAUUAAUUAAAAUUAAAAUCUUGUUUAAUUACCAUACAAAAGGACUUGAAAUAUUUAUUGGGUGCUUCAAUUAAGGAUUUUUUGCAUUUUUAAUGAUUCAUUGAAUACGGAAUUAUAAAUUCAGAAAAAAAGGGAGAAUGACUCACUGGAUAGUACUUUCUUUUCUUCUUCUUCUGUCAGCAUUUCUGACCACCAGUCAAUCAAGCAUAUACGUGGAACGUGUAAAUAAACCAAAAAAAAUCAUUAUCGAUACGGAUGCAGGAGGCGAUGAUGCUGUAGCAAUUCUUUUAGCAUUAAAUUAUGAAGCAAUACACAAGGAUAAGAUAGAAAUAAUUGCAAUUACAUGUACACAUGGGAAUACUGAGGAAAUAAACGUUGAGCAAAAUGUUUUGAAAAUAUUGACUGUUGCAAAAAGGGAUGAUAUUUCAGUUUAUGGUGGCGCAAAAAGAGCGCUAAUAAACAAUUACAAGGGUAUUCCAUUCUACGGGAAAGAUGGACUCGGUGAUUUUGAAUUUACAGAGGAAAUUAUAGCCAAAGUUAAUAAAUCUUCAUUGGCAGCUGUGGCGUUAAUUAAUUUCAUCAAAAUGUAUCCGGGAGAAGUAACAAUAAUUGCACUUGGUCCGCUAACAAAUUUGGCCCUAGCCACGAGACUCGAUUCAACAUUCAUGGAAAAUGUGGGUGAAUUAAUAAUAAUGGGAUCGAGUGUUGCUGGCAUUGGCAAUGAAAUGCCUAAUGUUGAAUUUAAUUUUGCAAUUGAUCCCGAAAGUAAUUUUAUAGUGAUGAAUUCGACAACAAAACCAUGUAUUCUUUUACCAUGGGAAACUGUUCUUAACUAUCAAGCUGGAGAGAAAUUCAGAAAAGAAGUCUUCGGCAAAUUGAAUUCGCCUUCGGUGAAAUUUUUAAAUAAAGUCGAAUACAAUCACUUGGUGAAUGCAACAAGAUGGUCAUCAGUUGAUACAAUUGCUGUUUCAAUAGCAAUUUGGCCAAAUAUUGUUAAAAAAUUUAUUAUCACAAAUGUCACGCCUGUAUUCGAUGGUGCUGCAAAGGGUUCAGUUCUCGUUGAUUAUAAAAAUAGCAGUGGAAAGCAAAAAAAUGCAAAAAUAAUUCAAUCCUAUGAUGUUGAAAUGUUUAAGGAAAAAUUGAUCACCUAUUUUGCCGAAUAAAAAAUUUAUCUGGA